AUGGUGUCGCGAAAGCGUGCUCACUCCGAACUGGAGACAGAACCCGUAAAGCAAGAUGGAGAACCGACUUUCCUGCAGCGAAUUAGAAAUUGCUGGGAAUUUGCUUCUUUGAUGCAGUAUAUCUUCACGUUUGGGAAGAUUGUGAAGAUUGACGAGGACUUUGGAAUCGAGGACUUGGAAAUGGAAUGCCUCAAACCCGAAACCUCGGAUAAGCUUAUGGAUAUUGGAUUGUCGCUACUCAAAUUCGUCUCGUCGCAUCGGGGUCUAUCAUUCGAAAAUUUCGACGAAUACACGCGUCGCCAAUACAACGCCAAAGCCCCUCAUCUUGUUAACCCGUUCGGAUACGACGAAGAACCAAAUAAGUUUAGAGACUUUGACGUCUUCCUCAAACUGAAAGUGCUACAUCAAUUGUCCUUAUGGACGUUCUGGAACCCUGAUCGCAUUCGUGAGAAGAUGCCUGAGCAGCGGGAAAUAGAUCAGACACAAUGGAGGAUCGAGGAAUUUGGCUGGGAUCGCAAAGACCGAAUCUACUACGUUCUAGACGAUAACCGUCUGUACCGUCGCACGGAUCCUCCUAUUCCUGCACCUAUCCCGCCAAAACCGAAGGCGAAUUCAAAGAGGGCUAGAGCUGUUGCCAGAGCUGCCAAGCGCAGGAGAAUUUCUGCCAAGGCCGAGGAAGAAGAGGAGGAGGAGAAAGAUGAGGUUGCCGAGAACGAGAAGAGUUCCGUUGAAGAUCCCUCCGCCGGGUUCACAUGGGAGUGCAUAGCGACCAGUCUUCCCGAGUACCAGGAGUUCAUUGAUUCGUUCCAAAAUACUAGAGACCCGAACGAGAAGUCACUCAGGGAUCGACUGAUAGAAGGAGUAUUACCUAUCGUUGGAAAAGCAGAAGAGGCAGAAGAGCGCAAACGCCAGAAACGCGAGAAAGAAUUGUUUAACAUGCAGCUACUAGCUGGCGCCAAACGAUCUAGCCGCCUUGCUGAAAAGCAAGAUAAAGAGCGACGUGAUAAAGAAGCUGCAGAUGCCGCUCGUAAGCACGAGAUCGAGCUUGCUGCCGCUCGCAAGGAGCAGGAGAAUCAGCGCAAAAUGGAAAACGAGCGACACCACCGUAUAGUUACUCGAGAACGCAGAAUUAGGGACAGGGAAUCAAAACGCAUACUUCACGAGGCUGAAAUGGCCCGGCUAGAACAAGAGCAGAAAAAGCUGGAGUCAGGUGAAGGACGUGUGUCCGAAAGACAAAUCAAGGCUGAAUUGGAGAAACGCAGGAAAGAUUUGGAGGAACUUGCCGAUGACGAUCAGUGGAUUUUCGAUUGCUCAGGCUGUGGUGUUCAUGGCGAGAAUAUCGAUGACGGUUCACAUUGCGUCGCAUGCGAACGUUGCAAUGUGUGGCAGCACAGCAAAUGCUUAGGGAUUUCUCAGGAUGAGGCCGAAAAGGACGAUUUCCACUUUGUCUGUGCUGAUUGCAAGCGCCGCGAGGAGGAGGCCAACCGGCCAAAAAUUCCACCUUUGAAAUUUCGUAUUGGGUCUGCUUCGCCGGCAACCUCUACAACUGCUUCCACGACGAAGCAGGAAGGGGAACAGACUAAAGCUUCACCGAAUGCUAUUCCUACGCCGUCGAAUACGGGUAAUUUCAACCUGCAGCCCUCAUUGCCGUCGCAGUUCAAUAGCAGCCAACCGGCCUCCCCUGAACGUCGUUCUCAUCCCUUGGCGACGAAUGGACUGCCGUAUCCCGGUUCCUUGGCAGCACCUGGGUCGCCAUCCAAAGGGAGCAUUGGACCAGCAUCAUCGCCGUUGAUUUCGCUACCGGAGCCCGCGUACAUCCAGCGACACGCUCAUCAGCAACCAGUACAGAACUCAUCAGCGGCUCUGCAAGGAAUCCUUUCGGGCAAUCCGUUGUCGUCUCACCGCCCGUCCUCGUCACACUCUAUACACAGCCAGGCGCAUCCUUCACCGAUUCAAAACCGGCCAUCCAUGUCCCCGACUCAGGGCAAUCGCGACGUUGGGCCUUUGGCUGGAUUUCCUCCUUCGGCUCUCUCAAACGGAUCUGUUCCAUCGACUCCAUACGGACAACAUCGGCCGACAGGCCGCCCUCAAGACCGAGCAAUCCCGUCCUUCUCUUCCAGCAUAGAUCAGCGCACGAACUCCUUCUCCGAUUCAUUUCCUUCUCACACACCGCCACCACCGGGAUCCCAAAGUAACAUAAGCCUUUCGGGCCUUAGUCCAACUAAGAAUCAGUCACCGCGCCCGGUGACCGCCAGCAGUGUUGGUGGAGCAUCUAUCCUGCCUCCGAUCCACCGACUAGAGCCGAGUCCAAAGCUCAUGGGACGCAGUUCGGCGGAUGCUCCCAUUCCGCCGCCGGUCAAGAUGAUGACUCCUGAGCAGGAGGAACGUCGGCAACGCGAAAAUCAAAUGGCUACCGCUGCUGCAUCUUCCGGUACAGAUCUAGCCCGAAGCAAUGUUGACAACGGAUCUCGCACAUCCCUGCCACAGUUGUCAUCCUGGAACAUGUCAUCGAACAGUGCCCAGCAGCAGCAGUCGCAGCAGCAGCGACAAUCACUAGCACCGCCAUUAGCGCCGACAGCGCAAGACCAGGGUAAAGGGGUUAAUGGGCAUUAG